AUGACCUGCUCACGGAACGGCGCGUUAACAUCGGAUUUGGCAAGCUUAUCGGCCCCCCGUUCCCCCCGAGUGCUGUCCAGAGCGUUUCCAAUGUCUAAUAUUGUCAACAUCGAGUAUAACCGGGUGACCAACACGACGUCGACCGACUUCCCGGGGUUUUCGCACCAAAAGGAGUGCGCGUGGGACGUGGACGAGUUCCGGCGCACCAUGGACGUGCAGAUCAAGAGCCUCGACGAGCGCGAGGCCAACUUCGACCUGCUGCGCGUGGACACGUCGAUUGCCAAUGCAUUCCGGCGGAUCAUGAUCUCGGAGGUGCCCUCGGUCGCGCCGGAGUACGUGUACUUCUUCAACAACACGUCGGUGAUCCAGGACGAGGUGCUGGCGCACCGCAUAGGGCUGGUGCCGCUCAAGGUGGACCCCGAUAUGCUGACAUGGGUGGACAAGAGCCUGCCCGAGGCGGAGCGGUUCACGGACGAGAACACGGUGGUACUGUCACUGAAUGUGAAAUGCACGCACAACCCUGACGCGCCCAAGGGCUCGACGGACCCGAAGGAGCUGUACCGUAACGCACAUAUCUACGCACGUGACCUGAAGUUCGAGCCACAGGGCAAGCAGUUGGAGACUUUCGCCAAGUGCCCCGUGGUUCCCGCGGACCCGGACAUCCUGCUCGCCAAGCUGCGCCCUGGCCAGGAGAUCUCGCUGCGGGUGCACUGCAUCCUGGGCAUCGGGAGCGACCACGCCAAGUUCUCCCCGGUCGCGACGGCGUCCUACAGACUGAUGCCGUACAUCAACAUAGUGGAGCCCAUCACGGGCCCUGACGCCGAGAAGUUUGUCAAAUGCUUCCCACCCGGAGUGGCCGCGAUCAACGAAAAGGGCGAGGCCUUUGUCCAGGACGCCAGGAAAGACACCGUCUCGCGGGAGGUCCUCAGACACCCCGAGCUGGAGCAGAAGGUAAAACUGGGCAGAGUCCGGGACCACUUCAUCUUCAACGUGGAGAGCGCGGGUGCGAUGACGCCCGAGGAGAUCUUCUUCAAGAGCGUGCGCAUCCUCAAGAACAAGGCCGAGUACCUGAAGAACUGCCCGAUCACACAGUAA